AUGGUCAUGGUCCCCACAUCUCGUGUUCUUGCUCUGCACCCCUGCACAGCCGCAUUCACCACACCCGAUUUAGUCACCGUCGUGCUUCUGCAUUAUCCUUCUGAACUUCGCCUCGUUAGCAGCCUCGCAAAUGGGGAAAACAUGCACGAAAAUGUGUCCAAGAUUAGGCUACAAAUCUGUAUAAAGGGAAAGGGAAGUUUCCCUCUUAGCUACAGCACGAUACACGCACAUCCAGCUUUCGAUUUACUUCCCAGUCCUGUGAGGCAGAACUUCACACCCCCACUCAGACUCACAAUGGGACUGUCCUCCCUCUUCAAGUCUUGCUUCGGCAAGAAGCCUAAACCUGAACCCCACCAGGUGCAGAGCUCGCUGCCCAUCGAAGAACCGGCAAAACCUAUCCCGCGCAACGACAACUUUGCGCCCAUGAUCAACAAGCGAGAAAUGGAAAAGGAGGAGGAAAAGAAAAAGGAAGAGGAGGAGGAGAAGGAGAAAGAGAAAGAGAGCGUUCCCCGCGUAGGGCCAAAGCCAGUCCUAGCACCAGCCCUGAAGCAAUACACACCAAAUUUUUCAUCGGGAGGCUAUGGGGGAUCGACGGGGAACAACUCUACGACGACGCAUUAUGUGUCCAGCUAUUCUGGUGGAGGUGGAGACGGAGGAUAUAGUGGAGGAUGCUCUAGUGGUGGUGAUGGAGGUGGAGGCGGCGGAGGCGGCGGCGGUGGAGGUGGUUGCGAUUAG